GCAACCUUCCAACCAUAAGCCUGCAUCCAUCAUUCCUCACAUCCCCAUAUCUUGCCCAAACAAGAAGCUUUGCUCACUCAAAGUGGUGGAUUUGCAUAUCUCAUACACGACACACACAACCAACAAACCUGAUGAACUCAUCUCUUCCCUCGCACAAACCCCAAGCCAGAUCCGUCUAUCACGCCGCUUUGCCUCUACAUGUCCGCCCUGGAACCCACAGUCCACUCCGCUUCCCUCGCUAAAACAAAUCAUCUCCCGCUGACUCUGCACGUCGCGUCAGAUCUCUAGCUAAAACAAAUCCUGAAUACCCAUGCUACAUGUUCGUUUGACCUUGCAAAGUGUGGAGCAGAUAGGACUAGGAGCAGGGGGGACAUGAAGUUGAUCCGCAGGGGCAAGCGUUCAAGAGCGAAGAAGGGCUCGGCGGCUCCGUUGCAAUCUACCGGAGAUGUUGAUAGUGGAGGUGGAGGUGGCUCCAACAGCAGGCAAGUGGCGCCUGAGAACGUCCUCCCGGCUGAAUCGACUACAAUCGCUGGCUAUGCUAGCAGCAGAGAUGAAGCUUUCUAUGAAGCCUCUCCUUGGUUAGAUUCGGACUGUGAAGAUGAUUUUUUCAGUGUAAAUGGAGAUGCUACACCUGCGAGAUCAUUCAGUACAACUGCAAGCAACCAGGCCACAGCUGCUGCGUUUGGACCUCAGACGAAGCUACCUACGCUGGAGGCCAUCCUCCAGUCUGAGCCCCUGAACCUGAAGCCAGCCCCGCAGAUGAAGAAGCUAGGUGACCUCCUCAAGGAGAAGCAAGAAGGCGCCGAUGGCGCCGGCGACAUCUCCAGGGCUCGCGGCGGAGGGGGAGCUGGGCGGUGCUGCAUUCCCCUGCUUGCGCGGGUCAUCAGCUACAGGGAGAGGAGAAAUUAAGGGGUUUGAGAUCAUGGAUGGCAACUUGGCAAGUCGAUCUGGGUUUGGCCGGGGGCGAUCCUCCUUUUCAAAAAUAACAAAGAAAUUCGAUCUGAGUUUUACUGAAACAGCCAAGUUUCCUUCGGUUAAAUUCCUGUCGGCGUGGACGAUUUCGGAUCGCCUUAUGGAACAGUUGCAGCAGACAACUUGGCCGUCCAAACGUAUAUACGCAACCGUCCACAUAAAAGUGUAACCGGUUCUAGAUGUAGGUUUCUGUACUGU